AGUGCCUUGGUCAAUCAGUCUCCGCAGAGCUUGGGCUCUAAAGCGUGGGUUCCGCGAGGAGAGGCAGCUUGCCACUUGACUGACUCAACGGGGGAAAUGAACGCUGAAGAUUGGUCAAAGCAUAUCAGUACCAACAUUGGACGCCAGAGUCCUAGUUUCAUGUUACUUAAGGUGGACAACAGUGUCGUUGACGUUGAUGUUUUGGUGGGAAUUGAGCACGCGACAUCUUGUGAAAGUAGCUCCCCACUGCUUGCUAGCCCAAUGGUCACGUGCCGUGAAACAACCACACCCUUUUCAGUUCUCCAGCCUCAAAUUUGACAUACAAUGCGGCAAUGAGCGUCCACAAAAACGUUAUGACAAACUCAAGAGCUACACAGGUAUCGGCUGCCGAAAGUCAUACGAUAUAUCCCCAACAUUCCGGUGUUAUGAACUCUUUAGCGACCUUCCUUCGAACUUAAAACUCGAAUACUGGGCUUCUUAGAUUUGAAGGCAACCUCGAAGGUAACUGCAACCAUGCGACUGACGUGCUCCAAUUGCCUCGAAUCUGUUUUCCCCCCAGCGC